AUGAAGGCGCUGUCGCGGCUUGACCUUUAUCGGAAGGUCCCACGUGACUUGACGGAGGCAACCUUGAGCGGAGCCUUGGUGUCCAUUUUCACUGUCCUGGUGGCGCUGUACCUGUUCUUUGCGGAGUUCACGGUGCUUAUACAACGUCGUUGGGAAAGUGAGAUGGUCAUAGAAGAAAGCAAGACGGAGGAGAAGCUGCAGAUCAACUUGGACAUCACCCUCCCCUCGAUGCCCUGCGAGCUGCUUUCCUUCGAUGCGCAGGAUGUGAUGGGAAGCCAUGAGGUCGAUGCCCAUGGCAACCUGUUCAAGGAUCGCCUCACUUCCAAGGGAGACCUUAUAGGGACACAGGAGAUUAAGUCGAGUCAUUUCGGCGCCUCGUCGACACUGUCUCGGCACUAUAGUUUGGGCUACGGAAACCAGGAUGUUGAUGCUCUGCGCAAGAGCAUUAACAGUGGUGAGGGCUGCCGCAUUCGAGGCUUCGUCAAAGUCAACAAAGUGCCUGGGAACCUUCACCUAUCAACCUAUAGUCACUCCUUUCUCUUCGGAUCCCUCUACCAGGAAACCAGGAACCUCAACAUAUCCCACAAGGUGAACCAUAUCUCGUUUGGUGUGGACACCGACAUCACAUAUGUCAAGAACAACUUCCAAGGAACCGGUAUUGUUAGUCCACUAGAUGGAGUCGUGCAAAUCCACGAGAAGGGUGAGCCCAAAGAGAAGACAGAGCCAAAAUUCGGAAGCUGGUCUUAUGGAGGGCUCGUGGACUCUGCCAUCUACGAGUACUACACGAAAGUGGUUCCCACCACCUAUGUCCCGCUGGACAGACCACCCAUUCACGUCCAUCAGUUUACUGCGAACUCCAACAAAAUCGUGAACCAGCAGAUGCCGUCACUUUACCUUCGAUAUGACUUCUCGCCGGUGACCGUGCGCUACACGGAGACAAAGGAGAGUUUCUCUCACUUUGUCGUCCAGGUCUGCGCCGUUGUGGGCGGAAUCUUCACGGUUGCUGGGCUUCUCGACUCGGUGCUGCACAAGAGCAUUGUGCAUUUGGCUAAGAAGGCCGAGAUCGGCAAACUGGGCUGA